AAGAUGAAGAGGGCGCCGGUGCUUGUUCAUGGUCUGUUUGGAUGCUGCUGAGGGCACCAGAAUUCCUCUCUGGAGGAAUGUCUGUGAAACCUCCCUUCUUACCUCUGGCUUUGUCAUUCCUCUGGCAUGCUAGACCGGGCAAGUUCGCGGUGGUGAAGAAGUGCCAGGAGAAGGCCACGGGUCGGGAGUUCGCAGCCAAGUUCCUGCGGAAGCGGCGCAGGGGCGAGGAUUGCCGGCUCGACAUCAUCAACGAGAUCGCCGUGCUGGAGCUGGCCGCCCGCAGCCCCCACGUGGUGGAUCUGCACGAAGUCUACGAGACGCCCACCGAGAUCGUGCUGGUGCUGGAGUGUGCGGCCGGCGGGGAGAUCUUCCAGCAGUGCGUGGCGGAGCAGGACGAGGCCUUCACCGAGUGGGACGUGAUCCGGCUGGUGCGGCAGAUCCUGCGCGGCGUCGCCUACCUGCACCAGAACAACGUCGUCCACCUGGACCUGAAGCCCCAGAACAUCCUCCUGACCAGCAGCAGCCCCCUGGGUGACAUCCGCAUUGUGGACUUCGGGCUGUCACGCCGGGUGGACGCCAUGCCGGAGGUGCGCGAGAUUCUGGGCACGGUGGAGUACAUGGCUCCCGAAGUCCUGAGCUACGAGCCCAUCAGCACAGCCACCGACAUGUGGAGUGUCGGGGUGCUGACCUACAUCAUGCUGACGGGCGAGUCGCCGUUCCUGGGUGACACCAAGCAGGAGACCUUCCUGAACAUCUCGCAGGUGAACGUGCAGUUCCCGCCUGACGUCUUCCAGGGCAUCUCAGCCCAGGCCAUCGACUUCAUCCGCUCCCUGCUCAUCAAGAACCCCAGGAAGCGGGCCAAGGCCGAACAAUGCCUCCAGCACCCCUGGCUGGCCCCGGCCCCGGCGUCCCUGAUGCGGACUGAGAUGGAGCAGGCCCUGGCGAGCGAGGGCAGCAGUGGCCCCGAGGAGGACAAGGAACUGGUGCUGGUGGCCUCCUAUACAAUGCCCUGCCCCUGCCGGCAGCUGGGGGGCCUGGAGGGGCGGGAGACGGAGCUGGCUGGGGCGCGGAAGCCAUUCCCAGCCCUGCAGGAAAUUGCCCAGGAGCUGCUGUGCUGAGCCGGCCGCCCGCGCCCCCUCUGCUUGCUGCCUUGGAGAGCAGCGCGCUGGACUCGCCACGGGCCUGCCGGGCACAUUUCCGAGCCUGCCCCGGAGUUGGGAGGGGUGGGCCCCUGGAGGGGUGGGCUCCCUGGGAGCAGGAGCAGCUUUGCCUCGGUCCUGGGGGAGCCAGACUUGCGCCUGCCCCGCAGCUGCGACUCCUGCGUACAUAGCGUUGCGGGGGAGGAUGGAGCCUGCCAGACGGGAUAGGUUGGGUCACUGGGGGGGAGGGGAGCCCCCCCAUCAGUGUUGAGGGACAGAAGCACCCGUCACCAGCAGGAGCUUGCAGGGGUCGCUGCCCCACAGAGCUGGACUGGGCAGCGGCUGCAGGAAGAGACGGAGCCCCUGUGGCCUCUAUGGGAGACAAGCGCCGUGGAAAAGCCCUGGGGGUCACCCUUAGAUCCCCACAGUUCAAACUGCAAACCGAAAUCUGUGGCAGCUUCCCCCGGAGUGGGCACAGGGCCUGGCGGGGCAGAGGCUGCUUCAGCUCCGAACCCGGGAGGCUCCAUCUGGGGGCUAGCCCUACCAGCGGGCGCUAUGGAAGAGGGAUGCCCCCCUGUCCUGUUGUGGGGCGUGGAAGGGCCCCACUGCCUGGCCCCGUCCCAUCCAGCAACAGAUCCAAGCUUUGCCUCUGGUUUCUGAAUUAGCAAAUAAUGUACUGGUCCACUUGGGCCGGGGGGAGGUCCACUGGGCCGCAGUGACUCACUGUUCUUUGCCAACGUGCCGGACACAGGGAGAGCCCUGGUGAGGGCAAGGGGCAGGUGGCACCAGGAGGUGGCAGUGCCACCAGAUUUCCACUGAUGCGCCGACUGCAGGGUAAACUGGAGCAGCCCUCGUUCUGCCUGCAUUCACACCUUGGCAUCAGGCCGCCAGGCAGGGACCGAACCGGCAGUUCCUGCCAGCGGGUGCCUGGCCCAGCAGAUGGUGCCAUUAGGCUCCCACCCAGGGCAGCCCAUGGGGCAGCAGCCAGGGCCCGGUGCUCCCAGCUGCAGCCAUGCCUGGCACUGGGCUUGGCGGCUGCCACGGCCACGGGGCCGGGUGCUGCCGCUUGCCACAUUGUUGCUUCAUGUUUUUGAAAUAAAGGAUUAAAGUUUCUCUCUCUAAAAA